AACUGUCAUUGUCGACCAAUGCUGCUUCGCGAGUUUUGUUAUUAUUUUACGUUUUGCUGUCGUGAAGUGUCAGGUUGAAUACAAUGCUGUCGUUGCAAAGCUAUGGCUCAAGUUCCGGGGAAAGUGAUUCUGAAACCGAAAGCAAGGAAGAGGCCGGAAAACAAGCGAAACCAGAGGCAGAACCAAUUCAUUUGAAACCCAUCGACAAAACGUAUUCUGUUGCGAGUUCCUUACAAAUUUGUUCCGCUCCCGACGUUGUUCCCCAUGGAUCGGUUGCGGUUCCACGGGCUGUCCACCCGGACACGAAGGAACUAGAAUAUAAUCCCAAAUUCGAAGAGCUUUAUGCCCCUGUGCAAGGCCCGUCGAACCCCUUCCUUACGGAUCAGAUGCGGGCGCAACGCAACACAUUGGCUGGAUAUGUCGAGAAGGCUCACAUCAACGCCUUUCAGUUUGAGGCUCAAAGGCGUACAUUCCACACUUAUGGUUACGCUUUGGAUCCCACAGUAGAUGGAGAAAUCACAGAUGGACAGAGUUACGUGGGCGAUUUGCAAUCCGCGUAUGACACGGAAGGGAAAACCGUCUUUGAAGCACCAAAGCCGAAAAAGAAACGAAAACAGGAGAAGAAUGACAACCCAUCGGAUAUAGAGGGGUUCGUAGGACCCUGGGGCAAGUACCAAGAUGAAGUUACCGUGGCACGACCAAACGAGCAAGAGAAAGCUGAGUUGGAAGAAAUUCUGGCGAAGCGACACAAGCGAGGACGCAUCCCAGAGGACAAACCUUUGGAGGAGAAAUCAAUUCUGCAUAUCAAAGACCCAACCGACUACCAGGGACGAUCGUAUUUACAUGCACCUCACGAUGUUGGCGUCAAUUUGCGUUCCGAUCUCCCGCCGACGAAGUGUUUCCUGCCAAAAGCCCACAUCCACACCUGGCAAGGACAUACAAAAGGAAUUUCCUCCAUUCGAUGGUUCCCGCGUACGGCACACUUGCUUUUGUCUGGUAGUAUGGAUUGUCGCGUUAAAUUGUGGGAAGUGUAUGGAGAGCGACGUUGCAUUCGGACAUAUUUCGGGCAUCGACAGGCGAUCAAAGAUAUUUGCUGGAACAACAAGGGCACCCAAUUCCUUUCAGCAGGCUAUGAUCGCUACAUAAAAUUGUGGGAUGCAGAAACGGGGGAUGUCGUGUCAAGAUUCUCGUCGCGGAAGAUUCCUUUCUGUGUGAAAUUCCACCCGGAUAAUAACAAGCAACAUUUGUUCGUCGCUGGAACAUCCGAUAAGAAAAUCAUUUGUUGGGAUACACGAAGCGGUGACAUUGUACAAGAAUACGAUCGCCAUUUAGGUGCUGUCAACACAAUCACAUUCGUCGACGAAAACCGUCGUUUUGUAACUACCUCCGACGAUAAGAGUAUGCGCAUUUGGGAAUGGGAUAUCCCUGUAGAUAUGAAAUAUAUUGCCGAUCCAACUAUGCACUCAAUGCCAGCCGUAACUCUAUCACCAAAUUGUAAAUGGCUGGCGUGUCAAAGUUUAGACAAUAAAAUUGUAAUCUUCUCAGCAUUGAAUCGAUUCAAGAUGAAUCGUAAGAAAACAUUUACUGGGCACAUGGUUUCGGGAUAUGCAUGUAGCUUGGACUUCUCGCCAGAUAUGAGUUACUUAGUGUCAGGAGAUGGCGAUGGAAAGUGCUAUAUUUGGGAUUGGAAAACAACUAAAUUGUACAAGAAAUGGCAGGCGCACGAAGGAGUUUGUAUCAGCAGUUUAUGGCAUCCACAUGAACCAAGUAAAGUCGUUACAGCCGGGUGGGAUGGUCUAAUCAAAUAUUGGGAUUAAUUUGAGAAAAAAAUAAAAUGAGUUUUGUAAAUAAA